CUAAAAUUAAGAUUUACUAAUGCCACAUUUUUUUUGGUGAUGACAGUCUCAGGGAAAUGUGGACCACCACCAGAUGUAAACGAUGCAGAUACAAUAGAACUGAAAAAAGAUGAAUACAAUACAGGGGAGAGAGUUGAAUACAGCUGCUUUAAUAAAUACACUUUGGAUCUGCGUCCACCUUUCUCCAGAUACUUGACCUGUGAGCAAGGAGAAUGGAGAGGGAAUAUUAGGUGUUUAAAGCCCUGUACAGUGACGGUAGAGGAAAUGGAAAGAAGAGGUUUAGAGUUGGCCUAUGCUGAUCGACAAAAGAUGUUCGCACCACAUGAUGAUCACAUCACCUUUAUGUGUCAGAGGGGCAAAGUUUCAGGAGGUGUUCCCCUAAGACAACAGUGUAAUGAUGGAGUGAUAACUUUACCUGAGUGUGUGAGACAGUGAGAGUAAAACUUUGCUAAAUCACUACUAAGUAAAAACUAAUGGAGCAGAUCAAAAUAAAAAAAAAAUUUCCCAAUCA